GGAGCACCAGGCUGUUGAUGACGACUAACCAGGUGGCUAUUACCUGGGAUUCAUUCAAAACAGCUUUUCUGAACAAGUACUUUCCAGAGACUGCAAGAGAUGAUAUGGAGAACCGUUUCCUCAGACUGAAACAAGGAAGCAUGACUGUUGGGGAAUAUGCAGCCAAGCUGGAGAGUCUGUCGAAGUACUUUCGCUUCUUCCGAGAACAAGUUGAUGAAGGGUAUCUCUGCAACCGUUUCAUGAUUGGUUUGAGGGAUGAAAUUGAGGAGUCCGUCAGACCUUUGGGAGUCAGAGUCUUUCAACAACUGGUUGAGAAGUCUCGCGAGGUUGAGGUCAUGAAGAAUCGUCGAGGGAACCGACAGGAAAGUGGAGGGCCAAUCAGGUCUGGUCAGAAACAAGUUGGGAAGACUGAAAAGGGUAGGGCUGGUCAGAAGAAGCCUUAUCAGAAUGCAACUGGUAGGACAUCAUCUACCAAAGUCGGAGCAAAAACUCCGAGAGAAGAUGUUACUUGUUUCAAGUGUAAUGAGAAAGGGCACUAUGCCAAUGAAUUUGGGAAAGAGAUUACUUGCUGGAAGUGCCAGAAGACGGGGCACAUCUCGACAAACUGUCCUGAUGCGCCAAAAGCUGAACCUGUGUUGAAUACGGCAAGGGGGAGACGUCCAGUUGCUAAGGGACGUGUCUUUGCUGUUACUGGCAAGCAAGCUGAGGGUGUUGAAGAUCUUAUUCAGGAUGGUGAUCCGGAAGGAGCUAGUGGAUCAGGACUGGGAGAUUUAUCUCCAUAGUUUUGAUGAGGACACGGCCUGGGGUGUCGACUACCGCCAGGAGAAGAACGUGUACGUCGGCGGCGCGACCAUCUUCAAAAGAGACCAAGCUGGGCAGAUUGUUGAGACUCAGCCUAUCAGAGGGAAGAUUCGGUUUCCUCACGCACCCUUCCGUUUUGGACUCCCCUUAGGGAUGGAUUUUCUCAGCGGUUCGGAGUCGGACCCUAGUGAGGGGCCAGGCUACGAGUCAGGCGAGGGGAGCGAGCCUUCAGUGACUUCCGAGUACCGGAAUCCGACAGAGGGACUUUUGGUGCCGAAGGAGGAGCCGGUGAGCCCCAUUGCACCACCCGAGCAAGAGCUGAAUCAGGGACUCAUGGAUCCCGUACCAUUAGGGUUUGGGUGGAGCUUGGAGGCAUUGAGGCAGUGGAACCUGGACAUGAAAGUUGAGCUUCCGAAGCCAGGAGAGGAGACGCCGGAGCCUUCCAACAUGUGGGCCAGAGAAGAUGCAGACUGCAACGAGUGGCCUUGAUUGGGUUGAGAGCGCUGUUUUAUUUUUGGAGCUUUUAUUUUACUUUGAAGUACUUGUAGUUGAUUUUCAAAUGUAAACAAUUUUGUCAGAUUACUAGGGUGGUUUUGUUUACACACAUGGGUGU